AUUAAAUCAUCAAUUUUUUUAGUGUCAUACGCGUCGUGUUUAAUUCAUAGAGAUGGUUUAAUUAGUAAUCGAGUUUUCCAUAAACGUGUGUAACCUGCAUAGAAAGAUUCAGUUCAGGUGUGACGUCUGACACAUAUGAUGUGACAUGCACUGCAGGGAAAAGUAGUCAGAAUUCCACGUAUGCGUGGGAUAGUCGGCGAACAAUAAAUCGUUGCAUAUCAGUUACGUACAUACACAUUCGGCUAGUGAUUACGUAAAUAUUUCGAAAAUAUGAAAAAAUACUACCAAGCCGCGCUGCUAGUGACCGCGCUCGUGAGCCUCGUGUCUUUAUUAUUCUACAGGCACGAGUACAAUAAGUUGAGAUACGUUUUAGAAGUUUUCAAUUACUUCGGCAAGCCGAACCAAAGGAGCGCCGAGACGAAUUGUACAGACAACGUGUCAAUAUUUAGCAAGUUUAGCGUGAGGCUCGAGGAGCCGACGUCCUCCUGGCAAAGACUGGAGAACGAUUUGUAUGUUUAUUCCGCGUAUAAUAUAAGGGACAAGGAGAUCCAGGCAGUAGGUCUUGCUUCGCUGAACGUCAUCAAAGAUGUACAGUGUGCAGUGUUAUUUGAAAACACUGUGCCAAUCUUAGGAAGCUUUAGUUCGAUUCCUAUUGACAACGGUACAAACGUUGAUAAGAAUUUCGAUCACAGGGGGUAUCAUUUCUAUUGUGCGUACACGCGAAACGAAAUACCCGUAGGGGUAAUGUUCCUGACUGAAUUCGAUUCGAAUCAAUUCGAGUAUGAUGCUACACCGAUCCUGCCACUUAAGACUCAACCGCAAAGUUUAGAUUAUACCAAUGCUGCGAUCUGUAUAAUACCACCGACGAUAAGAUCUAUGCAACUCUCGCAGAUGAUCAGUUUCAUAAACUUCCACGAUCUGAUCGGUGUCGACAAUUUUAUAGUAUACGACUUCGGUAUUCCGAACGAUUUCAAUAGCAGGUUCAGGGAACUGUCGAGAUCUCAGAGUCCCUAUUGGAAGUUUACGUACACGGUUCUACCGUGGAAUUUCCCUUUCCUUGGACUUGAUUCUUCUAUAAUAAGAGAUCUUAUACAAGCAGAUUGCCUCUAUCGUACGUACAACAAAGUGAUGUACGUCGUUGCGAUAUCUUGGGAGGAAUACAUAGUUUUAAAGUAUCACCACACUCUCACAGACUUAAUGAAAGAUUAUAAGAAAUCGAGACUGAAAGCAGAGCGUUAUAAAUUAAGUUCGUCGACCUUUUGUACUCAACAGACGGACAGUCCGGCCGUUAAAAAUGUAAGUUACACGAUAUUUAAGAAGUUCACCUACUAUCCAAACGUUCCUGACAAUCAACCGAUUUACAUUUAUAACACUCACGAAGUAUUGUCGAGAAAAAAUAUUUUUACGAGAGACAUUGGGAAAGAUUUAGCCACGGUGAAUCAUUAUACGUAUUGCCGUGGAAAUCAGUUUUAUACGGAAACAGGGGUUGAAGAUAAGUCAAUCGCUAGGUUCGUCGAGGAUAUACAGAGUUCGCAAAUGUUUCGAACGUUCGCGAAGGAGAAUAAAUUGUUACUAAACGCUCGAUGAUCAUCAGGACCGAGGGUUUUUGUCCGUAGAUAUAAGAAGGUAACAUUGUAAUACAAUUUGUAUAAAUAUAAAGUGAGAACGAUUUUAUUUGCAAACUUUA